GCCCUCUGGUUCCUUAACCGCUGGGGACGGAUGCCCCAUAACCCCCAGGAGAAAAGCCAGGCUUAUCCCCGCCGCCGCCCUGGUUCCCACGCAGACCCUCAGCACACUGACGUGGCAGCCAUGUACACCUUCCUACCGGAUAACUUCACCCCUGCCAAACCCAAGCCGUCCAAAGAGCUGCGACCACUGCUGUGCUCCGCGGCCCUGGGUUUGCUGCUGGUGCUGGCCGCCAUCGUGGCCUGGUGCUACUACACCGCUUCCCUACGCAAGGCAGAACGCCUGCGCGCAGAGCUCCUGGACCUCAACCUCGGCGGCUUCUCCAUCCGCAACCAGAAGGGCGAGCAGGUGUUCCGCCUGGCCUUCCGAUCCGGGGAGCUGGACCUGGACUCGUGCGGCCGCAUCGGCGCUGUGCUUAGCUGCUCGCGCACGGCUGACGGGCGCCCUCUGCACUUCUUCAUCCAGACCGUGCGGCCCAAGGACACUGUCAUGUGCUACCGCGUGCGCUGGGAAGAAGAGGCAGCGACACCAGGGCGGGCGGUGGAGCACGCCAUGUUCCUUGGCGAUGCACCAGCGUACUGGUAUGGCGGCGCCGAGAUGAGGACACAACACUGGCCCAUUCGCCUGGAGGGCCAGCUGGAACCACAGCCCUUUGUCACCAGCGAUGUCUAUUCCUCCGACGCCGCGUUCGGUGGCAUCCUUGAGCGCUACUGGUUAUCGUCUCGCGCGGCUGCUAUCAAAGUCAACGACUCAGUGCCUUUCCACCUGGGAUGGAACAGCACUGAGCGGUCGCUGCGGCUGCAGGCUCGCUACCACGACACACCCUACAAACCACCCAUCGGCGGCCCCCAGGGGCCAGAGCUAAGCUACCGCGUGUGCGUGGGCUCAGACGUGACCUCCAUCCACAAGUACAUGGUACGGCGCUACUUCAACAAACCUUCCAGGGUGCCCGCACCCCAAGCCUUCCGAGACCCCAUUUGGUCCACGUGGGCGCUGUAUGGGCGCGCGGUGAACCAGGACAAGGUGCUGCAUUUUGCCCAGCAGAUCCGCCAGCACCGUUUCAACAGCAGCCAUCUGGAAAUCGACGACAUGUACACUCCAGCCUAUGGCGACUUCGACUUCGACGAGGCCAAGUUCCCCAACGCCAGCGAUAUGUUCCACCAGCUGCGUGAAGCUGGCUUCCGCGUCACGCUCUGGGUGCACCCAUUCGUCAACUAUAACUCGUCCCGCUUCGGCGAGGGCGUGGAACGCGAGCUGUUCGUGCGCGAGCCCACGGGCCGGCUGCCCGCGCUGGUGCGUUGGUGGAAUGGCAUUGGCGCUGUGUUAGACUUCACGCGCCCGGAGGCCCGGGACUGGUUCCAGGGACACCUGCGGCGACUGCGUUCGCGCUACUCAGUGGCCUCCUUCAAGUUCGACGCGGGGGAGGUCAGCUACCUGCCACGGGACUUCAGCACCUACAGGCCACUAUCGGACCCCAGUGUGUGGAGCCGGCGCUAUACCGAGAUGGCGCUGCCCUUCUACUCGCUGGCCGAGGUCCGCGUGGGCUACCAGUCACAGAACAUCUCCUGCUUCUUCCGCCUCGUGGACCGCGACUCGGUGUGGGGUUAUGACUUGGGGCUACGCUCACUCAUCCCCGCCGUGCUCACUGUCAGCAUGCUGGGCUACCCGUUCAUCCUGCCGGACAUGGUGGGCGGCAACGCGGUGCCUGAGCGCACGGCGGGCGGCGGCACCGUGCCAGAGCGAGAGCUCUAUGUGCGCUGGCUGGAGGUGGCCGCCUUCAUGCCGGCCAUGCAGCUCUCCAUCCCACCCUGGCACUACGACGCCGAAGUGGUAGCCAUCGCACACAAGUUUGCCGCACUGCGGGCCUCGCUUGUGGCGCCGCUGCUGCUGGAGCUGGCGGGCGAGAUCACGGACACCGGCGACCCCAUCGUGCGCCCUCUUUGGUGGAUUGCUCCUGGUGACGAGACGGCUCACCGCAUCGACUCACAGUUUCUCAUUGGAGACACGCUGCUGGUGGCGCCGGUGCUGGAGCCCGGCAAGCAGGAACGCGAUGUCUACCUGCCCGCUGGCAAGUGGCGCAGUUACAAGGGCGAGCUUUUCGACAAGACCCCAGUGCUGCUCACCGAUUACCCGGUCGACCUGGACGAGAUCGCCUACUUCACCUGGGCGUCUUGACCCAGCCCAGAUCCCCAGAACCA